AUGUCUGAACAAUUGAGACAAACUUUUGCUAAUGCUAAGGCCGAAAACCGUAAUGCGUUGGUCACUUUCAUGACCGCAGGGUAUCCAACUGUCGAAGAUACUAUCCCAAUCCUUAAAGGGUUCCAAGAUGGUGGUGUUGAUGUCGUUGAACUAGGUAUGCCAUUUUCUGAUCCUAUCGCAGAUGGUCCAACUAUUCAAGUCGCUAACACUGUUGCUCUAGAGAAUGGUGUCACUUUGAAACAAACUUUGGAAUUAGUCGCUGAAGCUAGAAAACAAGGUAUUACUGUUCCUAUUAUUCUAAUGGGUUACUACAAUCCAAUCAUGAACUACGGUGAUAACAAGUUUAUUAAGGAUGCUGCAGAUGCAGGUGCUAACGGUUUCAUUAUUGUUGAUUUACCACCUGAAGAAGCCCUAAAGAUUAGAAAUAGAGUCAAUGAAUGUGGUUUGAGUUUAGUUCCAUUGGUUGCUCCUUCUACCACCAACGAAAGACUAGGUCUAUUGGCUAAUAUCGCUAAUUCCUUUGUCUACGUGGUCUCUAGAAUGGGUACUACUGGUGCCCAAUCCAACGUUGCCUCUAAUUUGGAUGAUCUAGUUAAACGUGUAAGACACUACACCAAGGAUACCCCUAUUGCUGUCGGUUUCGGUGUUGCCACAAGACAACAUUUUGAAAGUGUUGGUUCUUUGGCUGAUGGUGUCGUUAUUGGUUCUAAGAUCGUCACUUUAUGUGGUCAAGCUCUAAAGGGUAAAACUUACGACGUUGCCAAACAAUACUGUGAAGAAAUUUUAAACGGUAAGAAACAUAAGAUUCUGUCCAUUGAAGAAUUUAAACAAUUUCAAGCCCAAGCUGAAGAACAAGGUAAAUUAUUCGUCGACCAAAAAAACAACUUUGACGAAACUCACAAACACUCCAUGAGAUUUGGUGAUUUUGGUGGUCAAUACGUUCCAGAAGCAUUACAUGCAUGUCUAAGAGAACUAGAAGGUGCAUUUGAUGAAGCUGUUGCUGAUCCAAAAUUCUGGGAAGAGUUCAGAUCUUUGUAUUCUUACAUUGGUAGACCUUCUUCAUUACAUAGAGCUGAGAGACUUUCUGAAUAUUGCGGUGGUGCUCAAAUUUGGUUGAAAAGAGAAGAUUUGAACCAUACUGGUUCCCAUAAAAUUAACAAUGCUUUAGCUCAAGUAUUAUUAGCAAAGAGAUUAGGUAAGACUAAUGUUAUUGCUGAAACUGGUGCUGGUCAACAUGGUGUUGCUACUGCUACUGCCUGUGCUAAGUUUGGUUUGAAAUGUACUGUUUACAUGGGUGCUGAAGAUGUUCGUCGUCAAGCUUUGAAUGUUUUCAGAAUGAGAAUACUUGGUGCUGAUGUCGUCUCUGUCACUAAUGGUACUCAAACUUUAAGAGAUGCUACUUCUGAAGCUUUCCGUACUUGGGUCACUGACUUGAAGACAACUUACUACGUUGUUGGUUCUGCCAUUGGUCCUCAUCCAUACCCAACCCUGGUCCGUACUUUCCAAAGUGUUAUUGGUAAUGAGACUAAAGAACAAUUUGCUAAGUUAAACGAUGGUAAGUUACCGGACGCUAUCGUAGCUUGUGUUGGUGGUGGGUCAAACUCCACAGGUAUGUUCUCACCUUUCGAAAAAGAUGAAUCUGUCAGAUUGAUUGGUGUUGAAGCUGGUGGUGAUGGUGUCGAUACCGAUUUCCACUCUGCUACCUUGACUGCUGGUAGACCAGGUGUCUUCCACGGUGUUAAGACUUAUGUCCUACAAGACAGUGAUGGUCAAGUUCACGAUACUCAUUCAGUCUCUGCCGGUCUAGAUUAUCCUGGUGUUGGUCCUGAAUUGGCCUUCUGGAAAUCUACUGGCCGUGCUGAUUUCAUGGCUGCCACUGAUGCUGAAGCUCUAGAAGGUUUCAAAUUAUUAUCUCAAUUAGAAGGUAUCAUUCCUGCUCUAGAAUCUUCACACGCUGUUUAUGGUGCUAUUCAAAUCUCCAAGACUAUGAAACCUGAACAAAACCUGAUUAUCAACAUCUCAGGUAGAGGUGACAAGGACGUUCAAAGUGUUGCUGAGAUUUUACCAAAGCUUGGUCCACAAAUUGGUUGGGAUCUAAGAUUCGAAGCUAACCCAGCUUCCUCCCAACAAUAG